UGGGAGGAGUAGGCCCAUAGGAUUGGCUGCUGUUCUACAGAUCUUGGCUAAGGACACCUGCUUGGCGUGUGGCAGGUUCUGUCUCCCGUCUCACGAAUGAUUGCUGGGUUGGGCCGAAGGAGGGACUGGGUGCCCUGCUUUUCUGUGCCAUUUCUACAUCGUGGGGUGUCUGUGCUGCAACGCCUCUGCCAGCCUUCUGGUUGCUCAGGGCCUGUGCUGCCUCUGUCAGGUUGGAUCUCCCCCUGGGAGCUGUAUUUUCUCUCCUCCUGAACCUCCACGGUGUGGUACCUCCACUGCUCCCCAUGCCUCCCUCUUCUCUGAACACAUGCUCGCUUCUCUCUCCUUCUCCAGGAAGCCUUCCUUGAAUACCCCCCAUGAUGUCAACCGUUGCCUGUAACCAUGGCUCAUGCCUCUAGAUGCUUCCUUGUUUUUGGCUCCUAGGGCAGGGCCUGGUCUCCCACCUCGGGCUCGGCACGUGCCGCGCACCUAUCCCCCGAGUGUGUCAGAGCAGAUCAGCCGCAGCAAGUGGCAGACACAGUCAGACCGAGAACAUCUUGCUCUCCGAGGCCCAGCCCAGGGACGGGAGGGGAUAAAAGUCUCGUGCCAGGGCCCCAGGGCAGAAGCACACACACCGUGACCAUCUCCAGUCCGUCUGAAGCUCCGGGCCUGCCUGUCUCUGCCAUGUCUCUCUCCCCAUGCCGGGCCCAGAGGGGCUUCAGUGCUCGCUCAGCGUGCUCUGCCUUUGCAGGGGCUCGAGGCAGAGCUGGCUUCAGCAGCAGGAGCCUUAGCUCCUCCAGGAGAUGGAGAGGAAGCUCUUGCGAGAGGGCCUGGGGGGCAGGGGCCAGGCAAGGGGUCCGGUUUGGGCAGGGGAGUGGAGGGCCUGGUCUUUCCCAGUGCCCUCCAGGGGGCAUCCAAGCGGUGACUGUGGACCAGAGCCUGCUGACCCCACUGAAGAUCGAGGUUGACCCCCAGUUCCAGGUGGUGAAGACGCAGGAGACUCGAGAGAUCAGAACCCUCAACAACCAGUUUGCCUCCUUCAUUGACAAGGUACGCUUCCUGGAGCAGCAGAAUAAAGUCUUGGAGACCAAGUGGGCCCUGCUCCAGCAGCUGCAGGGGAGUCACAGCCCUCAGGGCCUGGAGUGCAUGUUCGAAGCCUGCCUGGCCCGGCUCAGGCGGCAGCUGGAGGAGCUUCAGAGGGAGCGAGGGGCUCUGGACUCCGAGCUGAAGACCUAUCAGGAUCAGGAGGAUGAGUACAAGUCCAAGUAUGACCAGGAAGCUCACAAGCAUGCCUCAGUGCAGAAUGACUUUGCCGUCCUUAAGAAGGAUGUGGAUGAGGUUUUCCAGAGCAAGAUGGAUUUGGAAGGCAGGCUGGAGUCUCUGAGAGAAUACGUCUGCUUCUUGACACGUCUGUAUGAAGAAGAACUGGGACAGCUGCAGACUCAGGCUGAUGACAUGUCGGUGGUGCUGUCCAUGGAUAACAACCGUUGCUUGGACUUCAGUGACAUCAUCGCUGAGGUCCGCGCCCGGUAUGAGGAGAUCACUCAGACCAGCAAGGCCGAGGCAGAGGCUGUGUUCCAGACCAAGUACCAGGAACUUCAGGCAUCAGCCCAGCUUCAAGGGGACAGCAUGAAGGAGGCCCGGGUGCAGAUUUCCCAGCUUCGGCAGGCCAUUCAGAGGCUGCAGAGUCAGAUUGCGAGCCUCAGGACUCAGAACGGCAGUCUGCAAUCGGCCAUUGCUGAUGCUGAGCAGCAUGGGGAGAUGGCUCUGAAGGAUGCCCAGGCCAAGCUGGAUGAGCUAGAGGAUGCUCUGAGAGCAGCCAAGCAGGACAUGGCCCAAAUGUUGCGCGAGUACCAGGAACUGCUGGGCACAAAGCUGUCCCUGGAUGUGGAGAUUGCCACAUAUCGAAGGCUGCUGGAGAGCGAGGAGUGUAGGAUGUCGAAGGAGAACAUCAGCCAGGUCACUAUCUCCACAGCAGAAGGCAGUGUUGUUGUGCCUGGAGGAGUUGGUGGAGGCCAAGUGGUCAUACCUGGAAGAACUGGAGGAGGCCAAAUGGUUGUGCCUGGAAGAAUUUGUGGAGGCCAAGCAGUAAUGCCUGGAAGAAUUUGUGGAGGCCAAAUGGUCGUACCUGGAAGAAUUUGUGGAGGCCAAAUGGUCGUACCUGGAAGAAUCUGUGGAGGCCAAAUGGUCAUACCUGGAAGAGUUGAUGGAGGCCAAGUGGUCAUACCUGGAAGAGUUGAUGGAGGCCAAGUGGUCAUACCUGGAAGAGUUGAUGGAGGCCAAGUGGUCGUACCUGGAAGAGUUGAUGGAGGCCAAGUGGUCAUACCUGGAAGAGUUGAUGGAGGCCAAGUGGUCGUACCUGGAAGAGUUGAUGGAGGCCAAGUGGUCGUACCUGGAAGAGUUGAUGGAGGCCAAGUGGUCAUACCUGGAAGAGUUGAUGGAGGCCAAGUGGUUGUGCCUGGAAGAGUUGAUGGAGGCCAAAUGGUUGUGCCUGGAAGAGUUGAUGGAGGCCAAAUGGUCAUACCUGGAGGAGAUUGUAGAGGCCAAAUGGUCAUACCUGGAAGAGUUGAUGGAGGCCAAGUGGUUGUACCUGGAAGAGUUGAUGGAGGCCAAGUGGUCAUACCUGGAAGAGUUGAUGGAGGCCAAAUGGUUGUGCCUGGAAGAGUUGAUGGAGGCCAAAUGGUCAUACCUGGAGGAGAUUGUAGAGGCCAAAUGGUCAUGCCUGGAAGAGUUGAUGGAGGCCAAGUGGUCGUACCUGGAAGAGUUGAUGGAGGCCAAGUGGUCAUGCCUGAAGGAGAUUGUAGAGGCCAAAUGGUCAUGCCUGGAGGAGAUUGUAGAGGCCAAAUGGUCAUGCCUGGAGGAGAUUGUGGAGGCCAAAUGGUCAUGCCUGGAGGAGAUUGUGGAGGCCAAAUGGUCAUGCCUGGAGGAGAUUGUAGAGGCCAAAUGGUCAUGCCUGGAGGAGAUUGUAGAGGCCAAAUGAUCAUGCCUGGAGGAGAUUGUAGAGGCCAAAUGAUCAUGCCUGGAGGAGAUUGUAGAGGCCAAAUGGUCAUGCCUGGAGUUGGUGAUGGUCAAGUGGGCACUUGUGGACUCAGAGGCUGGAAAGGCGGCUUUGGGUCUGGAGGCUGCUCUAGCAUUGUAACUGGUGGCUUUGAUAUCCCCCAGGGAUCUGGGUGUAGUCCCAGCGUGGGUUCCUGCUCUGUGUCUGGCUCUGGCUUCAGUUCUGGCUCUGGCUCCUGCUGCCGCACCAUCCUGAAGCAGACAGUGGAAUCAAGUCGGAAGACAUCUGUCAUUUACUGAGUGACCAGGCAGUCAUAUCCCUUCUGAUCCCAGCAGCCUUGUUCCCACCCCAUCCUCCAUACCCAGUGUUCACAGCCCAAGGCAGCCCACUGGGCGCUGGAGAAAGCCAAUAAAGUCUGCCUGCCUGCUGUCCCAAGUGCUCAGCUGGCAGGCCUUGCUCUGCACACUCA